AUGGCCUUGGAACACGAUCGAUUGAGCGAAGAAACGGCCGAGAAGUUUGAUUCCAAGAUCGCGAAACGAGUGGGGGAAUUGAGUCGCGUCACAGAGGCUCUGAAAGAGUGGGAAGAUACACAGAGCUCCAUCGAAGAGCUUCGCGGCCUCAUUCACGAUCCCACGACCGACCAAGAACUGCGGGAUCUCGCAGAAGAUGACCUGGCCGAGACACGAACCCAAUUAGAGGAAUUGUCACAGAAGCUAGCUAUUUCGCUUACGCCUAAGCAUCCGUUCGAAGACAUGCCUUGUCUGAUGGAAAUCCGGCCCGGGGCAGGAGGAGGAGAAGCAGCGAUAUUCGCGAAUGAUCUAUUACGGAUGUAUAAGGCGUACUGCACGCGGAAGAAAAUGCGCGUCUCGAUGAUGAAAUACGAAACGGCGGAUGGGGCUGGGGAUGGCACCGGCCAAGCACCUCUCUCAGAAGCUAUCCUAGAAAUCGAGAGUGCAGGCGCAUACGGACAAUUGAGAAGCGAAGCUGGAGUCCACCGUGUGCAGCGUGUGCCGGCGACUGAAGCCAAAGGACGGGUGCACACAAGUGCUGUUAGUGUACUGGUUUUGCCCAGCUUGCCUUCGAAUGGGAAUGAGGGCCAGGAAUUGAACCAGGCGGAUUUGACGGACCCUGAGAGCGAUUACUAUGUCAAUCCUACGGAUGUGCGAACGGAUGUUAUGCGUGCACGAGGAGCAGGUGGCCAGCAUGUCAAUACUACGGAUUCAGCAGUUCGAUUGACCCACAUUCCUACCAAUACCGUUGUCGCUAUGCAGGACUCACGGUCACAGCAUCAGAACAGAGAGAAAGCAUGGCAGUUGCUCAGGUCGAAGUUGGCGCAGGCGAGGAGGGAGGCGAGGGAGGAAGAGGUGGCCAAAGUGAGGAGGAGUGUGAUGGGAGUUGCACAGAUGGGGAGAGAGAAUAAAGUGAGGACGUAUAAUUGGCAGCAGCAGAGAGUCACGGAUCACAGGAGUGGACUUACUAUUCACCAUCUGGAUGAUGUUAUGGAAGGAGGUGACCAGCUGGAUACGGUAAUUGACAGUGUAAAGACCUGGUUUGGAGAGCAAGAAAUGCUCUCGUUGCUUGCUGAGGAAGAAGAAACGAAGAUGAAAAUGCACAAUCGCCAUUUGUCCUACAUUCAGCUCCAAAAUGCCACGAUGCCGCCGUCUGAAAUUUACACAUCGGUCCCCAAUGACGAGAACUCCAAAGAACAACCGCGCCUGAGACCACACACCCGCAGGCUCUUCUCAUUCAGUGGCUCCAGUAUCUGUGUCUUCUCGUGUCUCUUGACACUGACAUUGAUAUCUUUCGGAGUGGGCUUUCACGUAGGGAGAAAAUGGGACAGUUGGGCGUCGAGGAAGGCACCUUGGGAGAUAAAGAGGGAGGAUGGACUGGUAGAUCCGCAAGUGAUUAUUGGUGCCAGUAUGUACAUCAGGGCAGUACACCAAGAUGGCGCUGAUGAGAGAAUAGUCCCUAAGAAAGAGCUUAUGUUCCACUUCCCGUCUGGGUAUGAAGAUGAAGGGACUGAGGGAGAUGAACUAUGGAACCAUCUUAUGCCCCUCGGCUCGGGUUUCCUGCGUGUCCCUCAUCCGAGGAGAUAUGCUAUGCCGCGGAGUAAGAAAGUUGAGAAUGAUAUUGAGGAGGCCGAGAUAUAUUCGGUGUCAAUGACACAUCAAUUACAUUGCUUGGGCGUUAUAAGAGACAUAAUGACCAAGUAUUCCAAGGGAGAUAAAUCGAGGUUUGCAGGCGCUCAUGGGUAUCACUGUCUUGACUAUAUUCGGCAAGCAGUUCUAUGCGCAGGAGACACGACCCUAGAUCAUGCUGAGAUUGAGUAUAAUGCAGAUGGGAGUGAGCUGAAGUAUGGCUUCACUGGAGCUAAUGCUACGCAUCGAUGUAGAGACUGGGAGAGUAUUAAAGAGGUGCUGAUUGAGAAACGACUGGAUAACAAGACCGGAAUACUGUUUUAG